GUCUAUCCUAAGAAGGGGCGUGGCUUUCCCUGCCAUUGAAGCGCGUUGCUUCUCUGCGCAUGCGUCAUGCAGAGGAGGGAAACGCGGCGCCACCAACGAUGAAUAUCCAGCGAUCCCUUGAGCUGCUGCACAUGACCGUCUACUCCCAGAGCGUCUCGCCUUGUGGAAAGUAUUUAGCGGCUGGGAACAAUUAUGGAGAGAUUGCCAUAUUCAGCCUUUCAGCAGCACUGAGUUCAGAGGCCAAGGAAGAGAGCAAGAAGCCGGUGGUUUCCUUUACAGCCCACGAUGGUCCCAUCUAUGCCAUGGUUUCCACAGACCGGCAGCUAUUAAGUGCUGGAAACGGUGAAGUCAAGGCUUGGAAUUGGAGUGAAAUUGUGAAGAAGGGAUGCAAAGAAGCCUGGAGCAGAAGGCCACCUUAUGGGAGCAGCCUAGAGGUGCCAGAAAUCAACAGCCUUCAGCUGAACCUCAAGGAUAAUAGUCUUCUAAUGGCUGGUGGAGACUGUUCUAUUCACAUGAUGGAUCUAGAAUCGGGAACCUUUACUCAUGAAUUUCAGGGUCACCGUGAUUACAUCCACUGCCUGGCUCUUCGGGAGCAGCUCCGGGAGUGUUUGUCAGGGAGCGAGGAUGGCACUGUUCGGCUUUGGGAUUUACGUACUGGAAGCCAAGUCCAGUCCAUUGAGGUGCAUAAAUAUGAGGAAUGCAACCGGCCGCAGAAUGGGAAGUGGAUCCGUUGCCUGGCAACAGACUCCGACUGGAUGGUGUGUGGUGGGGGGCCAGCGCUCACUCUGUGGCACUUGCGGUCAGUUACCCCUACAACGAUCUUUCCCUUGCCCCAAUGCCAGCAGCAAGUCAUGUUCUACCAGGACCUGAUCCUUUCCGCUGGCCACAGCCCAACCAUCAACCAUUUACAGAUCAGCGGGGAAGUGAAGGCCCAAAUCCCUUGCAUGCUGCAUUGUGUCCACUCUCUUUCCAUCAAUGAACAAUCGCCAGAGCACAAGGUCCUGACUGCAGCUGGAAGCAGCCACUGCAUUGACGUCUUCACUAACUUCGGUUAUCGGGCCUUUUCCCUUGCCUUCACCUAGUACUAACUCCUCUUUUCUCUUCUUUGUAGAUAAUUUCAUAUUUUUUAAAAAAAUCUGAGUAUGGAUAAAAAGCACUGGUAUAAAGCAGAUCACCUUGCCAGAUAUCUCUGGGAAUAAACAAGCAGCUCAAUUAUUGACUUGCCUUUAGUCAGUUCCACUAAGGAGAAAAAUGCCCCUGAAACUCUAUUCCACAGCAUGCUUGCUUGGGAAUGAAUGACACAUGUUUACAAUUAUGGUAGAGGCUUGGAGAGGUUAACUAGGCUGUAUUGUUAUGGGAGGAGGAAUACUGGGAGCUGUAAUCCAAGAGUCACUUCUCCAAAUAAUGUGUAUUGUGUUAGUAGACCACCCAUUUUUUGCUGCAAGCAGAAGCAUUUGGUUGUUACAUCAGAAUACUUGUUAUGUCACAGGAUAAUUUGUAAAUAAUUCAGAUUACGUGCAUUAAAAUAUUGCUUUUUUAA